GGAAAACAGUCUACCGGCUUUUACUUUUUCAACCGCAUAGUUGUGUAUGUUUACCGCUGCGAUUGAAAAUUACUUUGGCUGAUUUGUGUUUGCUCUUAAUUUUGCUUGUGAUGGCCUUGGCUGUGUUGCUUUCUUCUGCGUCCGAGGAGUUUGUACUUCAUUCAUUUCUCCGACAUAUCUCUGCCCUACGUGUGAAUCUAUCUCUUUUUAUAUUACACCUGUACUCCAUUCUGUUGUGGCUGGCUGGCUGGCUGACUGUGUGUUCCGGUAAGCAGCUGCGCCAACCGUAAUAUACGAGUUAAAAUAAAUUUGUUUAUUUACAAGCGUCUAUCUCGACCAUCUUUCUUCUCUUCUUUCUGUUCCCCGAGUAUCUUCUUACCGACACAUCACAAUAAAUAAAUAAAUAAAUAAAUAAAUAAAUAAAUAAAUAAAUAAAUAAAUAAAUAAAUAAAUAAACAAAUAAAUAAAUAAAUAAAUAAAUAAAUAAAUAGUGACUGUCCAGCUUCCUGUCGCACAGUAUUAAGGUUUCUGCUUUGUCCAUCCUACCAGAGAGACCCCACAGGGGCCGCAUGCUGUUGGCCUUGUUGAAGAACUCCACGCGUCCCGCAAACUCGACAUGGGAUCGCGCCGGUUUCCUGUGGGACCGCUUCGUGGACAAGGUGAGGGAGGCCCUCUACACAACGACGACGCGCCGCUCGUCAGGGUCUUCCACGGCUUCGAGGCUGUCUCGCUCGGAAGAGAAACCGCCGACGAGUGUGACUUCAGCGGCGUCUAGCACGUCGCCACGUUGGGCGGAAUCGAUCUCCUUCGAAGAGGACACGACGAUUGUCGACUACGGCAAGAUCGACGACCACGUCAUACUCGACGCCGGUUCGACGUCGGCGAACGAUUCUCGAGCGCACUCGGAAAGGCACCGUCUAAACCGGACGGGAGGAGGAUCGUGGGACAACGACGCUUCGUCUUCCAACUACGAUCACGUCGAACCGAACGUGAAACUCGGGAAGGCUGCAAACGGUUCGAAUGAAGCCUUGAACGGUUUUAACGACACGUCAGGCCUCGGGACAGCGGCGGGAACUGAACACGUCUACGCGACAUACGGCGCUGGGGCUGGCAAAAAAGCCUCUAGAACGAAAGGUACGUCGGCCGCGUGGAAAGAUCACGAAGGUGGUCCGAUCGCCAGCUCGACGCCGCCCCCGGAUGCGAGUAGAGCCAGCGAAAACAAAGCUCAGGAACGUGUUAGUUUAACUUCGGUGAGCCCUUCCUCCCUGGAAGCACCACGUAGCGAGAUCGAACCGAUCGGUGCGCUAUCCGCAAAUAAAUCGAACGACGGGACGAUGCGAGGCGCAAGAAUGCAGGAGACGCAGCCGGAACAAGAAUGGGGUAGUCCUUCAAUUCAAAAGAAAGACUUGGCGCCUCAAAAAGCGCCAACGGUCGAGGGCAAGUACACGGAAACCGGAAGCACAUUCCUUGGGUCUGGGGUCAAUGAGGUCGUUGGAAGAGUCACGUGGACAUCCCGUACUUCCGAGAAUAACGAUUCCGUAGAUCCCGCCGAACUCGAAGGUUGGCCGCUUGAAGAACUACGGAGAGGCGUCGAUGCCGAAAGCCCCGCGGACAGUCCGAAUCUUCGUUUACGAGGAAGCGAGAACGCGUCCUACGCAACUACGCCCACUUCGAACGUUACACUAAAUCUGCCGGGUUUGAAGGGAACUGGUAUUUUGAAAGACAGCGAAGAAAAUUUCAGAUGGUCCAAAAAUGACGGUGACAUUUUCGUUGCGCCGAAAUCCGACGUCAGUGGCGCUACUUUUGGCGUACCUCGAGCCGUUCCAGGAUCUAAUCAGGCAGUCUUCGAGGGCCUCUCCAGCGUAACGCUUGGCUACGACGAAGGCAUACUGUAUCCUUUAACAAAGCCUUCAGGGUACGGAAGAAGAAUGAAAGUUUCAGGAGCAGGGAGUGCGCCUCACUCAUUUGCUAAUGAAACUGGUAAUCCUGCAGUAAGCUUGGUGCCGCCGAAUAGCGUUCGUGGAACAGUCGGUAGCGUACUUGCUGGCGACAGUGUGUAUCCAGUAAAGACAGACAGCCCACCUCCGAGAUCAAAGACCGAACACUUACUUACUGAUGGCUCUGUUGCACGCCUUUACCUGCCAGAUGUGACCGAAAGUGAUGAAAGUACUUCGUCGCCGAGUCCAGAAGCACUAUUUCCGGAGACGUACCGAAUUGCACGUACGAAGGGCAAGACAAAGCUUACCGUUGACGCGUGGUCUGCGAAGCCAUUAGAUUUGAACAAUUCGAAACGGACCGAAGGCUGGGUAAGUGCUGGCGAACAACGAAGACGACCAAACAUUGCAGACGAUCUUGCUUACGACCGUACCCUUCUAAGACGUCAAACGGCUCGAGGCGGCAAAGGCAGCGCCGAAGGUGGACGUGGGCUCAGCGAGCGACCGCUGCUCAACGUGGAGGCGCUGACCUCAGCCUCGUCCGCUGGUUGGCGGCCCGCCGAAGGGACAGGGAAGUUCAGGCAGCUCCACGUGGCCGAGAAUGGUGACCCCAACACAGAGCCAUUUCAGGAGGACCCAGCGCCGGAAGAAGAGGCCAUGGAAAACAAGGCGACGCGGUCAGAUACUGCCCCUCCGUCGCUGGAGGGGCAUCCCAGGGACUUCUCACCAAUGCCCAGAGGAAGUUCAUCGACGAUGACGACGACCGAUUCGUUCAAUCUGCUGCGCGAACUCGACCGCAUCGCCGACGAGUUCACCGAGUUCCUCGACAGGAAGGAGCGGCGCGAACGGGAUGAAGAUCGAGUCUAUACCACCGUUGACCCGGAGGAAGAGCUGCUCGAUGCGGACGAAGCGAUAACAACGAUCGAUGACGGCGACCAUUCUUUGGCUGCUUCUUCCGAAGUCGAUGACCUCGGAGUCGAGUGGGAUGCGAGGCACAUCGGUGGUCCGACGAGCCCAGAAGAGGCGGGCCCCACAGCCUUCCCCGCACGCGAUGAAGAGCAGUUCUCGGAGCACCCAGCAGAAGAGAGGAGAAACCGCAUUGCCAGAGCGAAAACAGAAUCACCAUUAUACUGCUCUGUCGGGCCAACAUACUCGGGGCCUUUUCCUCCAGCACUCUGCAGUUACUUCGUCGUUUAUGACUCGGUGCAUUACGAUUCAAGCAAGAACACCUUACGAGCGGUCUUCAGAGGUUCGUGGAGCGAGGUGGCGGACAGUGAUGACCGCUUCAGGCUCGGACCCCGCGUUCUCCUGGCCCUCGAUGCCAAUCAGCUGCGGGCCGUGGUCGCAGACUUCCCUGUGUUCGUGGUCUUUGCUGCCAAGGCGAGGUCGUUAAUUCAAGAGCGAAGCCUCACCGGACUUGCCUUUGACCUGAGCCUGGCGACGGACUACGACGUCCGCUCGCACGCCACGCUUCUCCAGGGGACGAGAGACUACAUGCCGGGCUAUCACUUUAUUGGUCUCAUCGACUUCGUCGCCGCAACCGGACUUCUGCGAACGAACCUAGCAGAACUCGCGGGGUCAGUGCACAAAGUAUUUCUGCGCAACGACCCACGCCACGUACACACCAUCGGUACCUCGGUUCCAAAUCCCUUUGCUUCGUCAAACCGCAAGUCCUAUUCCGUGGAGAACGCGAUGCGGCUGGCAGAGAGCUUGAGGCUGGUGUCCCCGGACCGCGAUCACGUCUGCUUGAGCGUGUCGCUGGCCGUGUACAAGUUUAACGUCUCCGACCAGGACGCUGACGCUCCGUCCAACCCCGGCGUUGGAUCACUGGCCUCUGACGUCAACACGGCUUUCUCCUACUCGGAGCUUUGCGAGGAGUACAAAGAUCCUCACCGGCACUUCGACGAUGCCACUCUCUCGACGUACGUGCACGUAGGUGGGGCGUGGCUCGGCUUCGAUGACGACAUGUCGAUGGAGAUAAAGAUUGACAAGCUGUCUCGAGGACACCGCGUCGGCUGCCUGCUGGCCGACAACAUCGACUUGGACGACUUCAGGAACGUUUGCAAGAAGGGCGAAUUCCCAAGGCUGCGCCUGCUCAAGCGCUCUGUGUUGAGCCGAGAGCGACGAUAGAUUCCUGCUUUCCCGCUAUCAAUCACCUGAACAGACCAGCGUCAUUGGACUGCAGAGAACGUAGUAAAUACAAAAGAAAGCAUGGUCAGCAUAACAUAUUUAUUUUCAAAAAGAAUACGACAAAAAAAUGCGUCACUCAUUUCUGUGUCGCUAAAGAGAAGCGUUGUCUUCAUCUGUAGACACUGGUCCCUGGCAUUAUAGAAAAGAAGGCUGGGUUUAUUCUGAGCGCUACAUGAUAACUGUUGCAUGACCACACAGGCGAGCACUCAGCUACAAGCGGGUAACUUUUGUCUCGCUUUGAACCAGCAUGCAACUUUCAACGUGUUUCCCGUGCUCCACCAAGGAUUGCUGGCACACAAAGUAAAGAGCGCUACUACAGGGAGCGCUAGUGAUAUUUUUUUCCCGCUUGGGUUGCCACUCUGCAUAACGUCAGUAUGGAACUAAAUAUAAGCAUGCAGGCCCGUUUCGUAGAGAUCCUGCAAUAGUGACUUAUAAAAUGUGGUGUCUAUGUCCAUCUUUCAUAGUCUUCAGCUUGAUCGAUUCAUAACCCGCCGAACAUUUUCUACACUUGUAGACGGGCAGCAGUCCGGUUCUUUUACAUGAAGGCUCCGUUCUGGCACCGUUAUUAAGCUUGAAAGGUUUUCACCUCGCGUUGCCGGCGACCUUCAAGUGACCUUGAGCCAAAAGCCGGAUCAGUUAUCUGGGCAAGUUGCGAGAACAAAACGAGAUCCGGGCAACCAGGCAAAACUUAAGAAAAUGCGGUCUGUGGUCCCCAACUCUUUGUAUAGGACCGCUUUACAUACGCUAGUUAGUGCCCCCCCCCCCAAAAAAAAAAAUAUUGCUUCCGAGUUCUUUAUAAUGUUUGUUCACAAUAUUACUCAAGCUGGAACUUCUAGUACGCUGAAGUUUUGCUUGUCAUCUACAAUGGCGACGUUCAAAAGGCAGAUAGGGGGCGCCACACACGUCAUUGUGCAAUCAAUUAAAGCUAGGC